GGCCGUUCCAAUUUAUGCCACUACGUCGUUUACUUUUAAAAGUUCUGAACAUGCUGCAAAUGUUUUUAAUGGAAAAGAAGCAGCAUAUUCUUACACAAGGGUAGCACUUCCAAGAUUGGGUGUUAAAUUCAUUGACGACGAUGAUGGAUUCAUAUCUAUAGGUGGAUAUCUUUUUCAGCACAAGCAUGGAGCUGAAAUAUCCGGGAUUUCACGGAAGAAUUUAUUUGGAUAUGAUUCAUUUAUUGUGAAGGCAUUUGCAGAAAUAUUACGUGAUGUAGGACCCUGUCAAAAUCCUUUUGGGACAUUUUUGUUAUUGCAAGGCGUAACUAAAGAGAUGAUGCGUGUCUCUGUUGGUUAUGAGCAUAUUGAUGAUAUUGAAAACGCGUUUGCUAAAAUUCGUGAAAUUUAG